AUUAAUGGCAGCGUUCAUGUAUGAAUAAGUGUUGCAAAAAUUGCAAUUUUAUCAUUUUCCAACACUGGACAAAUGUCAUGAACACAGACAUUCUUCUAUCAAAAAUAUUUAAAUAAAAAAAAUGGAUGAUAUAUUCUUUCCCACACAAAAAUCUAACAAUCUCAAUGAUUCCGAUGAAGUGGAUUUAAAAUUUUUCGAUUCUCACAAUGAUCACAAUAAAACCACCAGCGAAAGUAGCCAAAAUUCUGACUCGGACAAUAAACCAGAAGAUAGCAAGGAUUCGGAUCAUAAAACAGAAAAUUUAACGGUGGUAAAAAGAGAGCAAACGGAAAAUAAAGAAGAUUCGGAGGAUCAACAGUGUGUAAGUCGUAAACAAAAGUCCAAAAAGGAAUUGGAAGAGGAGGAAAGAGAAAAAAUGCAAGUUUUAGUGUCCAAUUUCACCGAAGAACAGCUGGAUCGCUAUGAAAUGUAUCGACGUUCUGCCUUUCCUAAAGCGGCUGUCAAAAGACUUAUGCAAACCAUUACCGGCUGCUCGGUUUCACAAAAUGUAGUGAUUGCCAUGUCCGGUAUAGCUAAAGUUUUUGUGGGUGAGAUAGUGGAAGAAGCUUUAGAUGUCAUGGAAGAAAUGGGUGAUACUGGCGCUUUGCAACCCAAAUAUUUACGUGAAGCUGUACGCCGUUUAAGGCAACGCAAUCGUAUGCCUAUAGGGAAAUUUCAAAAACCUUAUUUUAGAUUGAAUUGAUUUCAUUAAGUAUUGUUUUUUUAGAUUUAGUUUUAAUUUUUUCAAUAAUUUCAUGAAUUAAACUGCCAGUUUUAAGUUGAAUUUAAUAAAAAAUACAAAUAUUUUCUAAGAAA